AUGUCUAGCUCAUCAGCUGAAAUCUUCGCUCUAUUAUACAACUUUCUAAAGACCUCUUCCUUAGAUAAAAUAACCACUUCUAGUAUAAUUACCCAACAGUGGAAUUGUUUCAAAAUCCAAUCGGAAAACGAAGAUUUCGAUUGUCUUAUGGGAAUAUUAAAGGAUAUGGAAAAUGAGAUUAAUGAUGAUAAGCGUAAACAGCAUCUUAAAUCAUUGCAGAAUAUUAACCAA